AUGAGUUAUCCUAUCCUUGUGCCAGGCUACGAGAACACCAUCCCGAUGAUCGACUACUUCCUCUACUAUACCGCCGGUGGUGGCUCUCCGCCGUCUCUACAGCGGCUACCCCCUCUUGACGGGACCAUUGCCCAGGUCCAGGACCAAAUCAAGGCCAGUGCUGACGUCAUGACGAAUCAGUUUUUGCGCAGGCUGAAGUGCCUUGACCUAGGCGUCCUGUGCCGCGGAGAGGAUGAGGUCGCCGUCGCACAGCUCGAGAUCACCGAGUCCGGGGCGCCACCUAAACUCCAGGUCCUGUGCCCGUCUAUCUCUCGCAGUUGGGAGGUCAAGCAUCCGCCCAUCGUACCCUGCGACGAUGUGAAGGAAUUUGAUUUGGAGGAGGUCUUUAAGAACUUUGAUGCUCACACAGUCAUCCCCUUCAAGAGUUACCUGUGUUGGGUUGAUUACUCCUUUGGUAUCUUGUUCUGCGAUGUGUUCAAUGAGAGCCCCAAGCUCCUAUACCUGGAACUCCCGGCUAAAUUGCCCAUAUUAUGGGCCGGACACAAGGGCCGAGCAUGGGUAGAGGCGUACCACACCGUUGGUGUCACAGAGGGUGAGGUUAUGAAAUUUGUCAAAGUUGUCGAUGGCAAUGAUGAGUUUUUUGAAACCACUGAACCUGCCAGUGAUGAUUUCAUCAUCACCUCCUGGGCACUAAUAACAGAAAGCAACGGCGUGAUGAAGUGGAAGCAGGAUGCAUCUAUUAGAUCCAGUGAGAUAGGGUUUGGUGGACUCACACAUCUUCCUCGUACCCCAUUAGAGUACCCUGUUAUCAGCAUGUAUGAGCCCAGUGUCAUUUACUUCAUGAUCGGGCAUGACCAAGCAUCGUACAUGUAUAAUAAGGUAUGGAUUGUUGCCAUUGACAUUAGCAAUGGCAAGGUGAAGUCGUCAUCUGCAUACAUCAAUGGUACAGAACAGGUGGGGGACCUCUGUGCUGAUGAAGCUUUGUACUUUGCCAGAGAAAAACCCCAGGUUUACUCUACCUUUCUUCCUGCCGAGUUCUCCAAGCACCUCAAUUUGCUUGGAAAGGACUGGUCUUCUCCAAGGUGGGAGCGAUCAAGCUAUCGGUAUUGCAGUACCUGA